UCUUCCUUGGAUUUAUCAUUUCCCAUUUUUAGUGUACCGCCGCUUCCUCUUUCGCUUCUCCAUUCUCCAUUAAUUCUAUUCAGCCUUUCAUCUCAUAUUCAAUCAACUAUAUAUUUCCGUAACCGAGUUCUCCAACAACAACUUCGGCCUCCGGCGAACACGAACGUCGCUUGUGCUCAGAUUAUUGAAGCUUGAUUCUUAAAAGGGAUGAGGAGCAGAAAGAAGAGAGUACCGGACCAUGAAAUUCACAUACCAACGGAGUUGUUGACGGAGAUUUUGGCGCGGCUGCCGGUGAAAACCCUAUUAAGAUUUAGGUGCGUUUGCAAACUUUGGUGCUCUCUAAUUGAUUCCCAAGAUUUCAUAGAUAUGCAUCUUAGGCUCUUUCAGAACAAUCGUAGCAAAACUCAUCUAUUAGUCAUGGAAGAAAUUUACCGUGCGAAUGGUGAAGAGUGCACAUUUGCAAUUCGUCGCGCUGACACGCUGAGGAAAACUGCUCAUCUCCAUACUAGUAAUAACUCAUACCAAAUUAUUGCAACCUGUAAUGGGUUGGUGUUGUUAUGGGAGCGUAUUUCUAGUGGAGGGAGUGAUUUGAGAUUGUGGAACCCUUCGAUUCGAAAGGCGUUGUUGCUUCCUGCUUGUCCUUCUGAACACGAGCGUCAUCCGUUGCUUUUGGGAUUUUCCCCUUUUUCAAAUGACUAUAAGUUGGUUGUCUUUAGGUAUAAUGAUGGUUUGGCUCAAGAUGUGUCUAUGUCUAUUGCAGUUUAUUCACUUCGAAAUCAUAGUUGGAAGGUCAAUGUCAAUAGGAUCAAUGUUCCCUUAUCGUUUAUGAGGGGGUUUCCAACUCAAGGUGACCGUGUUUUCUGUCGAGGGGCUAUUUACUGGAUAGGGCGCGAUCCUUACCUACGGAAGGUUAAGGGGAACCAAAAAACUCAUCUCGUGUCUUUUAACUUUGAUUCAGAGGACUUUAUCUCUGUGGAACUACCAGAUACCGCCAAAGAUUGGUUUAUUUUCCUCCUUGGUGAGUCUGUAGCGGUUUCAAGCAUGGAUAUUAGGAAUAGCCCCGUUUGGGUUUUGGAAACGGAUGGUGGGUUUAGAAAGGAUCCAAGACUUUCGAGAGUUGUACAAUGGGAUUCUUGCAAUGCAUUUAAAGGGAUCUCAAUUUUUCUAGAUUCGAGGCUCCUCUACAAUCAGGACAGUGAUACAUUUAUCAUACAUGACUCUAACAGAGUGAAUUCUUUUAACCCUACCACUCGUCAAGUACAACAGUUGGGAAAGUCAAUUCGUGGUACACUAACUCUGGAUACUUAUGUCGAGAGUUUGGAGUUGCAUAAAGGGACUCAAGGCCACAUUUUUUCCAUGACAAAGUAGAUUAGCAGGCAAUGUCCAAUAUUGGAAGAUGACAGGUAAAAGUGCAAUGCAUAUUAUAUUACUAGUAGAGUAGUUAUCUGCCACUUUCAUUUAGAAGUUCUGUCAGAUUUACUACUUUCUUAUAAUUUUUGUUUAGCUUGUUAUCUGUUAACCACAAACUUACAAAUGGAUUGUUCAACUUUUUCUGUUGUUUAACUCUGUUAUUUUAAUUCUAUGCAUUAAGGGAUGGAGGAUCUUUCAUGUACCAAAUAACUGUUGGUACAUAAUUUAAGCCUCUUACCAAACCAAUGUAUAAUGGAUUUCUCUUUGUAAUGGAAAUUGAACUAUCAUAGACCUGCAGGCACUAACAUGAUCUUUAUCUUUAAUUAAUUGGAUUAUUAUUAACCCGAGAUUCA